AUGGACGGUGAAUCUGCUGAUGUCUUCGCAACUGUGGACACUCACGAUGGCACCAGCGUAACGUUCCCAACUCAGUCCUGGCCUAUCGCAGACAACAGAGUCAAGAUCAUUGCCAUGCUUUCCCCCGGACGGAACACUCUGACGAUAACCCGCUUCUCCGGCACAUGCAAGGUUGUCCGCGAGCUCAACUUGACUUACAUCCCGCUCACUCAAUCGCCGCCUCUCCAUCUUGCCAUCAUGGUCGCGAAGGACUCACCCCUACUCAUAGACUGUCCGCCCGCGAAGCACGGCCGCGUCUCCUCGGCACACUCAUCCCUUGACGCCGCCAUCGCCAAACUUCGCAUGUCGGCUUACAUGUGGCAAGCCCUCACUGCCGAGGACAUGCGGAUGAAGGGGCUCGGCCGUCGCUCGUUCAGGCUGGAGGAGGAAUGGACCGCUGACACAACGAGCCGCGAGUUUCUCAACGGCCUUCACGAGGCCGCCCUCUUCGAGAGUGGGGCAAUGCGCGCGUCUGCGAAGGUUCAUGUCAUCAGAUCCGACAUGACGACCGCGCAGAUCCGUGAUGCCGAUGUCGCACAGCAGAAUGAGUCGGCCAGGUCGAGGGACAAACUCUUUGACUACUUCCUGGACUCUCUCGCGGCACAUGGGUUGCCGUUCGACUCUUCGUCCCAUCCCGUUGUUGCUGGCAUGAUCCUCGACUCGCACUUUUCGGUCAGCAAGAAACUCAUCCUGGGCCACGCGGCUUUGGGCUGCCAUAACUCCACUGGCGUCUCCCUCGGCAUGAUGGGUAGUCACUUGGCGUACUCCUGGCCACGCUUCCUAGAGGAGGUCACUGAUUGCCUGCUUGACGUCCGGGCACCAGGGGCCAGUGUUGGAAACGACAACGGCGAAUGCGGAACUUUCUGGGAAGCCUGCUCCGUCGGCCAAGGCGCGUUCCUUCACGAAGUCGGCCACGCCUUUGGUGCGCCGCACACAACUGGUAUCAUGUCCCGUGGCUACUCUCGACACUGGCCGCGCAAUUUUCUUGCCAAGACGGCGUAUUCUCAGAGUAACCAGCAGGAGGGCCUCUCUGUCGUGGACGAUGACACGGAGAACGACGCUAGAUGGGACCUGCGAGACGCCCUGUCCUUCAGAUCACUCGACCACUUCUGGCUCCCUGGUGACGCCAGACUGUCAAUCGCCGCCCGUUCAAGCGCCCCGGCUGUUUCCCCGGUCAACAUCGGAGCUGACGACGCUGGUCUUGAGAUUUCUUGCGCCGCAGGCGUUGCGCGCAUCGACUUCAACGAGGAGGCUGAGCCGCAACCCUCCGUGGCCACCCCGUCUGACAAGGCCUACUACAGCCUCAAAGAUCUCGAGGACCGUUUCUCUAGGGAAGAGGGUCUCAAGAUUUCCGUCGUUGGUAUGAACGGCAAGACCAAGACGGUCCGCGACGCAUGGCGUCUAUUCACUUCGGCUACGUACAUCCACGUCCCGGGCUCCGACGUCCUAUUGCAGAAGCGCUCCGUGAUGAGCAAAGAUCUCGAGGAAUCAGACGACGAUGACGGAGAAAAGUUCUGGACCUGGGCGACGCUUCUUACACGGCGUAAGGAGGACGGCACCGUCGUGCAUGCGUCGAGCGUUGACGUCAGGACUGGGUGCAUCCUCGAUGGCGCGUACGUUCACUUCCAUGACGGUAUGCGCAUCAACUGCGGCCCAAGGGUUUCGAAAUGGGGUGGUCAUGAGCAUCACUUCGGCGGGCACGCCUCUGAAGAGGUCCGCAUUCCAAAGGGCCAGGAGAUUGUCAAGAUUGAGGUGUCGAGGGAGGAUGAUGUUCUGCGGGGAAUGAAGAUUCACUUGAGCAACGGUGAAUCCGGUGGUGCGUUAUCCGGAGGUGGUGACGACCCUGAAACCUUGUCUCUGGAACCGCAAGCCGAUGAGCGCAUCGUCGGCUUUUUCGGCCGCAGCUGGUGGGGCAACUGUUUCGACGGCUUGGUCGAGUUUGGUAUCAUCACGGCGCCCAAGCACUUUGUGCUCCCUAAUGUGGUGUAUGGGAUGUUGGAGCUUCAGAACACAGAUGGCGGACGUAGCACGGAAGAGAUUGAACAAGAUGAGGGGUCCGACGAUGAAGACAAGGCCAUGGAUGAUGAAGAGUGA